CAGGCUUCGCAUAUGUAAGAGCUCUCACAAGCAGCAUCCGGAUAAGCAAAUGUGCUUGAGCUUCUGCGGGCUUGGAACUUUGACUUUGCAGCCCAACAUCUUUUCCCGAAAUUAGGCAGCUGUGACGACUAUUGAACUAUUGAAUACAAAACUUUUGACCAGGUGAAGGCCUGAUACUGCACAAGCAGCCAGGACUCAGAGUCAAGCAGCGCUGAAGAGCGCGCCCGCUUGAAAAGUCAGGAGCUACUGGGCGUCAACACCACUGAAUAUUUAAGGACAAACCCAGCAGUGUGGAGCGCUGUGUAUUGGCGCAGACCUGACAGCGGUUUACUGCUGCUGGCCAGAAGCUCACACACAGCCCCGGAUAUCAGCAGGAACGUGACACCAUGGACGCCAUCACCCGUGUCUCGUACUACUUCCCCACCCACACGCUCACCAUCUUCCAAAUCCUGGCGAACCUGGUCAUCAAUGACAGCGCAUUCUGCCAAGACCAGGAGCGCUCGCUGGUGAUUGCCAUGUUGGUGCUGUUCUCUAUCGCCUGCUUCUUCGCGUCGUUCACAGACACUUACACAGCAAUGAACGGACAGAAGUUUUGGGUUAUUAUAAUGCCCUUCUACGGCCCGCUGUGCUUCUCAUUGCCCACGGACGAGGACAAGGACCGCGUGUACGACUUCUUUUAUUUGAAGAUCCGUGACUAUGUGCAUGCGGUGCUGUCCACCACGGCCUUCGUGCUCAUCAUACUGUUCACCAAUCCCGUCUGUAUGUGCAUCUUCCCAUCGGGCCUUAAAGACGGAACGUCCAGGUUCGACGCCGCCAUUGUGCGCACGGUGCCCAUCGUGGUGGCGCUGCUAAUUGGCAUGAUCAUGAUUUGUUUGGGCCCUCCACGCCAGAUGUUGGGCUUUCAGAAUGUUCCGGAGACUGGUCCCACCAGCAACCAGCCCAUGAACUCCAACCCCAUGUACGCUGGCUCGCAAGCUGAUUACCCGCCCACCAUCCGCGAGGGAGAUGAGGACAGUGAGACAGGCGUGCCCUCCAACGGCAUGAGCAAGGAGGGGCCGCUCCCGGUGAGCAAGAGCAUGGCGGCCAGUCGCGACGGCGUGCCGCGCACCAGCUACAGCAUGGCGCAGGACCCGUACCGCCAGAGCAUGGCGCAACCUCAGCGCCAGAGCCAGCGGAGCAUGUCGCACGCCGUUCGCGGUGGCGACUACGGCGGCGGCGGCAACGUGGGGCCACAUGAGGGCGGCGGCGGCUAUAGCCAGGGCGGGGGCUUCGGGCGAUCGGAUACCGAGUACAGGGCGCAAUAAGGCGCUGUGCCGUUGGUACCAACAAGGUGGUGGGGCGGUUUAGUACGAACCCAACUAAAUCAGGACUCAGCCAGGGGGCAUGUGGUUUUUAUUACAAAGUAACACAAGCGCGCGUGAGGCGUGCACAUAGCGCGUCCUGUGAUAAAGGUUUACAUGGUGACCAGGUGUCUACAGUGCCAGCCCAUGCUUGAGCGUGCUUCCGAGGUGCCAAGGGUGUCUCGGGUAGGGAGAGGUCGAGGGGUGAACUACAGACGCGCACACGCGCAAGAGGAGGCGGUAAGGUGCUGGCGCACCGCCAAUGCUGUGACGCAUAGGCUGCAAGACAAGAACAUGAGAAGGGCAUGCACAGCAGGCUGGGCCUCAAUACCAUGAGAAGUAAAUAAAUACACGGCCAUGUGUGCGAGCGAGGUUACCAUAAGGUGGCAACGACGGCAUCUCUUGUGUAUACGCUGUACGUGUGAUCAGAUGAUUGCCGAGAUGAUGCGAGGAUAAUGUUCAUGUCCCCUAGUUAUGUAAAACCGGUGAAGA